AUGUCUACUGCUGACGUCCAGGCUCCUCAGCAUCCCGCCGGCGCUAUCGAAGCCGCAGAUGAGCCCGUCGACCCGAGUGAAUUUGAUCCUGUUGAGUGGGACCGGUCUUCCGCUGAUUCGGCCUCACUCACCUCAAGUGUCCUCGAUCACGAGUACGAGAAUGGGCGUCGUUUUCACAGAUUUCGACACGGUCGCUACCCGAUGCCCAAUGAUGAGACGGAGCAGGAUCGCGAGGACAUGAAACAUACAAUGUUUCUCGAGCUUCUUGAUGGCGAUCUGUUUCUCGCUCCUAUUGGAGAUGACCCUCAAAAGAUUAUAGACAUUGGUACCGGAACCGGCAAGUGGGCAAUUGAAGUCGGCGACCUCUAUCCAGGUGCAUCUGUUCUGGGCAUUGAUCUAUCUCCCAUUCAACCUUCCUGGGCCCCUCCAAAUGUCAAAUUCUUAGUCGACGAUGCCGAGGAUGAAUGGCUUAACGGGGACGACUACGACUUUGUUCAUUUUCGAGCGAUGGCUCCCCUUCUUCGGAAGCUUGAUAUGGUCCUCGCAGAUGCUUACAAUCAUAUGAAACCUGGAGCUUGGAUAGAGUUCCAGGAGUUGCACGGCCAGAUCCAUUGCGACGACGGAACUAUGGCCGAUGACGAUAAGCUCAAGGAGUUCUACGAGCUUGUCGUUGAGGCUUUCCAGAAUCUUGGUCUUGAUUUGCACAAAGCGCGGGACUUGAGGCCUCACCUUGAGGCUGCUGGUUUCAAAGACAUUCAUUGUGAAAUCAAAAAGAUCCCAAUCGGCAUUUGGCCAAAGGAUCCGACCCAGCGAGUGAUUGGCAAGUACUCGAGGCAGGCCAUCGAAAUGGCAGCACCGGCGUUCACUGGUAAGCCAUUCGAAGCCAUGGGAAUCUCAAAGGUAGAGUCUCAAGUGUGGUGCGCAACCGUCAAGAAGGACAUGGAGGACCUCAGCAAGCAUCGUUACUACAACAUGUUCUUCUGGUAUGCUCAGAAGCCUAAGGAUGCCCCCGUGCGGGACGACGGAGCCGGCUCAUCAGGAGAGGAUGACGCUUGA